AUCAUAAUUUAUGAUUUUUUAUUAACUAGAAAAACAAUAACAUUGGGUUCAAAAUGUAUUCACCAAGACAAAAGAUAUUAUGGUUCGCGUUCAGUACUAGAAUUUUUAUUAUACUAUUACAAGCAGUAUUCAACGCUCUUAUCCCAGACCAUGACGCAAACGUAUUCCUUAGUCCUGAAGACCCGGCAUUGCGUAAAUCUACCGGCGAUGUUUUUGUGGAAAAGUUUUUGGGCGGAAUGAAGAGAUGGGAUGGUCAAUAUUUCAUACACAUAGCUCAGUAUGGGUAUACUUAUGAGAACUGUUUGGCAUUCUUUCCACUAUUCCCAUUAUUGGUUAGACACAUUGCAUACAUAUUAAACAGCGUUACAAGUGGAUUCAUCAACUUUCAUAGCAACUUAUUAAUAUCAGCAACAUUAAUCAAUUUCAUAUUUUUUAUUAAAUCUGCUGAUGUAUUACAUAGAUUAAGUCUAAGAGUUCUCCGUAGUGAAAGCAGAGCAUAUAAAUCUGUGAUUUUGUAUUGUGUUAAUCCUGCUAGUAUAUUUUUUGUAGCACCAUAUUCUGAAACACUAUUUGCAUUUAUGUCAUUUUACACAAUGUUAAAAUGUACGGAACCAGAAACACUUAGAUUUGCAAAUAUAGAUAUGAUAAGUGCUUUACCAGCUGGAUUUUCCAUGAUAACUAGGUCUAAUGGCUCUGUUAACUUGGGCUUUAUUCUUUACACUAGUUUUAAAAAUACAAUUGAGAAAACAAUACCUGAGAUAUUGUAUAAAUAUAAAACACUCAAAAACAAAAUGAUUGUACCAGCAUUGUUAUUACCAUUGUUUACAUCGGGACUUGCUCUAUUUAUGACUGUGAUAAUAGCUAUCAUUCCAUUUGUAUUAGUGCAGACAUACAAUUACUUCAAAUUUUGUAUACUCAGUGAGCAUAAUUUGCCAGAGUUUCUAUCUAAUUCAGAAUUUGUACUACCAGGCAGUGCUGAGAGUCCAUGGUGUAAUAAUUCAUUGCCUUUGUCUUACUCUUACAUACAGAGUCACUAUUGGGAAGUUGGAUUUUUUAAAUAUUAUCAAGUUAAACAACUUCCAAAUUUUAUGCUGGCGAUGCCCAUAUUGGUUAUAAUAUUGUUUAAUUGUUUAUCGUAUAUAAAGAAUAAUAUAAGGUUAUGUUUAAGACUGGGAUUAAAGGACAAUAUAUUAAAUUUUGGAUAUGCUAGCAAGAUGCCUUAUAAGCCAAAGCAAUAUUCUAAGGGAUUUGGGGCCAAUGAUCCAAUAUAUUUUGUGUAUAUUGUACAUAUAAUGUUUUUAACAAUUUUCUGUAUUGUAUUUGUACAUAUACAAGUGUCAACUAGACUAUUAGCAUCUGCAAGUCCAAUUUUAUAUUGGAUAUGCUCAAGUAAGAUGAAUGUAGGCCCUACUCCCACUUCUGAUCAGAAUACUAUAAAUGAACAUUUUCGCCGUAUAGGGAUGGGUAAAAGAAUACCUUCGCAUCAUUUAUCUAUUGCAAAUUUAGAGGGAGUAGAUAACAUGUACAGUAAAUGGAAAACAUUUAUUAUUUCUAGAAGAAUGCCUGACUUUCACUCACGAUUUAUACAAUGUUAUUUUUUAGGGUACUUUAUCAUUGGAACAAUAUUUUUUGCUAACUUUUAUCCCUGGACCUGAUUUAGUUGUGUAGUUAGUAUAUAUUAAUCAUUCAUUUUGUCUAGUACAUAUCAUGACCAGACAUAUUCGUUUAUAUAAAUCUCCUAGUUUUACAUAUCAUUCUUAAUGAUAAGACAUCUAAUCUUACUUCUUAUAGGAAAGCAUUUCAUUCCACUUGGACCUUUUGGCUUGAAUUCUAAUAAUGCAUGGGGCCUUUUAUAUAAGUCCAUUUUAAAUGUUUAAAUUAAGUAUAUUAUAUUAAUGUUAAAUUUAAAAUUAAUUAAAAAAAACUUUCGUAAUAACACUGAAGCCUUUUAACAUUUAAAUGUUACGAUUUUAAAUGCACUAGUCAUAAUUAUUAUUAAAAAAUAAGAGUGUUUUAAAAUUAUGUGGGUAGUAAAAUGAUCUCAAUCUUUAUAUUAGUCUAGUCUAUUUUAAAUAGAUAAUUAUAUUUUGCUUGAAUAAGAACUAAAAACUGCGUAUAAAGUAUAAUGUAUGUAACUAUAAUGUUAUCACAAGUAAUUGCUGGUUUAUGUGUAAACCAGCCAUAAUGUAGAUAGUAUUUCCACUUGCCUUUAGCUGAGAUCAGGGUUACCUACUUAUUGUUAAGAUAAUUGUAUUCUUUGCUAUUUGUUAAACAUUGCAUAGUACAUUAUUGUAAUAAGUGGUGUUUAAUGGUUGUAAAUAAUUGUGUAUUUGACAGAAUAUAACAAUCAUCAAUCAUGUUUAUGAAAAAAGACAUUGCAAAAAAACAUUGAGCAAAAAAAAAAAUUAU